AUGACGGACAGACAGUGCGUCUUCAUUCAGUCUGCUGCAACGGACGGAGGCCGGCUGAGCUGCGGUGUUCGGAGCUGCGGUUCUUGGCGAGAUUUUGCGUUGCCCGUCCUCAGCCAUUUCACCGAUAAUCAGCGGAUCACUUUGCCAAGUGCCGGGAAGAACAAAGGAAUUUGGAAGGAGACUCUCGGCUCCCGGCCGCCUUGCUCUGAGUGGCUUCCUUUUCCGCUCGCGCCUGUCCGGAGAAGCUGGACUUAUAACCGUCACUGGAUUAUGCUUGUCUCUACAGUUGAUGGUGAUCUCUGUCCUCCUGUUGAGGAACCAGUUGCUACUGCUUAUCCCAAAGCAAGCAAGAAAAAGGAUAAGGCCAAAGAGAAAAAGUUUAUAUGGAACCAUGGAAUUACUCCGCCUCUAAAAAAUGUCAGAAAGAGAAGGUUCCGUAAGACAAUAAAGAAGAAGUAUAUUGAAUCUCCAGAUGUGGAAGAAGAAGUAAAGCGGUUGCUGAGAGCAGAUGCUGAAGCUGUCAGUACCCGUUGGGAAAUAAUUACUGAAGAUGAAACAAAAGAAGCAGAAAAUCAAGGCCUUGAUAUCUCUUCCCCAGGAAUGUCUGGCCACAGGCAGGGCCAUGCCUCAUUAGAACAUGAUGAGCUUCGGGAGAUAUUCAAUGACCUCAGCAGCAGCAGUGAAGAUGAAGAUGAGACACAGCAUCAAGAUGAAGAAGAUAUAAACAUCAUGGACACUGAGGAAGAUCUGGAAAGGCAGCUACAGGACAAGCUAAAUGAGUCAGAUGAACACCAGCAAGAAAACGAGGGAACUAAUCAGCUGGUUAUGGGAAUUCAGAAACAGAUUGAUAACAUGAAAGGCAAGCUCCAAGAGACCCAGGACAGGGCAAAGCGACAGGAGGAUCUCAUCCUGAAAGUGGAAAACCUGGCUCUCAAGAACAGAUUUCAGGCUGUGCUGGAUGAACUGAAACAAAAGGAAGAGCGAGAAAAGGAGCAGCUCAGCUCUUUGCAAGAAGAGCUAGAAUCACUCCUAGAGAAGUGAGGAGAGUUUUGGUACUUAAUUUCAUU